AUAUUAUAUGAAUCGCAACUAAGGCCGAUACCACCUUAUAUUCCCCUUGAUUGCCACACAUACCAACUCUCAUAGGCUUCACAAAGACUCUCACCGUUCGUAACCUUCGCCCCGUUCCAUUGGCUCUCUAGUACUACUUCCGACGGGUGCAUGAUUUGCUACCGGCGGAUACAUCAUUUCCUCCCACGGAUGCCUUAAUCCGAAACGCACCUCCAAAUCUUUUAUCCGAACGAUGAAACAACACCCUGAGCAUAUGAGAAGCAUCCAUGAUUUCCAACGGUGAAAUUAAAGUUCUUAGCUUAUUGUUCUCACACUAGGGAGCCAGUGACGGCACGGGUUACGUAUAGGACCAUGGGAAACUACUCGUAAACGAACUAUUGAUGGAAAAAUAUUUCCCUCCGGAGGCCAACAGGAUGGGGGAACAUAUAUAAAGUGCCCCACUAACUCAGAGCCUUUGGCCCAACAUCAUUUGUUACACCAAAUUUGGCGAAAGAUGGACAUCUUCAAAUUAACAGUCCCCAACACUACCUUGGCAAAAACAAAGGGAAUUUGACAUUGUCUAGAGAAUCACUUGUAACCCAACUCUGCUGAAGCCCAAAUAAAAAGGAUUGAGAUUGAAUCCAUGACGUACGAUGUAUCAACUGGCUUGAAAGCGACUUAAAAGUUUCUUGGGGCCCCAUAAAAAGGUACAUGACAACCCCUAGCUCCUACUUUAUCCACCUUCUCUCCUUGGCUUUAUAAUUUAUCAGAGUUCUGUAAUGGUUUAUGUAUUAUACAGGAGUUUAGCAGUCUAGCGCGAAAUCCCGGUGGAUUUUCAUAGGGAUCGAUGUUCUCUGAGGUGGGGGAUGAAAGUGGAUAUCUUCGGUGUAAGAACGGCCAUCGAACCAAAAGUUUUGAUCUAGUUAGUAGUCAGGGAAUUCUGGACUUAGCGCACGUCGCCGGGGCCCGGGGUCCUAUGCUCCCAGCUUCCCUUCCAGCGGUCCCGGCCCAUGCGCCCCCGGCUAGUUUCCACAACUAUUCGUGGCGUCAAUAG